CCGCAUAAACAACUGCGAGGUUGUCAAGGCUUAAAAAAAAAAAGAAACCUCACUGAUAUGAACAAUUUCUGUCAUAAUUGAAAAAAUGUCUCAUUGAAUUCAAUUUUCCGCAUCAAGAAGAAGAAGAAGAAAAUUCGAAACAAUGUUACACAGUACAUUGCCAAGGGCAUUUCUUCCUCCGGGACUCAAUUAUUUCGCGAGUUAUUACGGUGAUCAAAUUCAUCCCUAUGCAUCGUACAUGAGUCUUGGCGCUGAGGAAUAUCCGAGAAUUGCAUCCGAGCAACAUGUACUCUCAUCAUGGGAGGUGAAUUCACGUUCAUCAACACCGUGUCCAUUGGAUUUAUCCCUAAAGACAUCGCCAAAACAAGAGGAAUGCAUUGAGGUUGACGAUGAGGAGGAUCGUUUGGAAAGACAUCAACGUGGAAGAUAUCCAAUUUUAUUGGAGAACGAUGAGGAAUUGGUGGUUGACGAUCGACAUCAACAAAGUAGUUCCUCGUAUGAUAAUCAGAAAAAAGAUUCUGUACUGGGUUGUCAGACACCAAUUCGUACCCUAAUGGAACAAAAGUAUCAACAUCAGAAACUUGUUUUAACACCAUUGCAAACAUAUCAGCAACAAUUGCUCCUAACACCUCAACAUCAGGCUAUUCAUUCACCAAUGACACCACCGAGUACACCAUCACCACCGCAAUGUCCCAGAAGACGUCAUCGUGACGAGGACGACGACGACGAUACAGUAUCGCCUCGUCAUCAUACCACAAUUGAGAAACAAAUUCCCGUACCAAGAAAAAAGAAACAUGCACGUCGUUUAAAAUUUGAUGAGGAUACAAGUAGUCCCGUAUCGGGAACGGUGAUUCUUGGUCCCGAUGAGGCUGUUGUAACAGGUGAUAUUGAUCCGGCAUUUAAUAUCGUUGAGGUGACUGAUGAGGCACGUGCCGAAUUGGCAAAAAUUGAAAAUCGCCUUGGACCAUAUCAGUGUAAAUUAUGUCGUCAAUUGCACGACGAUGCAUUUCAAUUGGCACAACAUCGAUGUUCAAGAAUUGCACAUGUUGAAUAUCGUUGUCCAGAAUGUGAUAAACGUUUUUCAUGUCCAGCUAAUUUGGCAUCACAUCGACGAUGGCAUAAACCAAGAGCAUCAAGUGAUGUUACUUCAGCACAAACAUCAAAUGGCGUUGAGGUUUCAUGUACAAGAUGCGACGCUAAAUUUACACGUCAAGCGGCUUUAAGGAAACAUUUGGCUACACAGCAUCCGGAAAUGCUUCAUAAUAACAACAAUAGUAAUAGCAACGGCAGUAACAACGGUAGUAUCAAUUUUAGUAACAGUAGUAACAACUUUAGUAACAGCAGUAGUAACAACGGUAACAGCAGUAGUAAUAAUAACAACAGUACUAUAAAUAAUAACAAUAAUAACGAGAAUAACGGAUUGGAGAUGAAGAAUAUUUGUAGUCCGGUGCAAAUUGGAAGCAGUUCACUUAACGUCGAGAUGCCAUGACAUCAUCAUCAUCAUCGUUUUCCCGCUAGGCCCCUGCCGAGAAGACCUGGACUCUAUUGGAGAUUUGGCAUGGAUCUUGUGUGAAGAUUUGCUUAAUAUUGUGAGUAGAUUUUGUGAUCUUUAUAAUAUACAAGGUAUAUAGGAGUUGUCUAUACACUGAGAAAAAUAUUUUUGAAUCAAUAGCAUUUUUGCCAAAGGUAUAAAAAUUAUUGAUUCCAAAGCAUAUAUGCUAUAUAGAAUCUUUAAAAUAUUUUACAGAUUUUAUAGCAUAUAUGCUUUUGAAUCAAUAAUUUUUAUACCUUUAGCAGAAAUUCUAUUGAAUAGCAUAUUUUUCUCAAUGUAGAUUGGAACACUGUUUUUCACAUUUAGGUCGAAAAAUUUUUUUUUUGCCGUUUAGUGCUCCAAUCUGUUACAACCUUGACAACUCUUACCUUAUAUAAAUAUAUACGUCAUUUUUUAUUAUUCAGCCAAAUUGUUUAUUUAUUAUUUUUUUUUAAAAGUAUACAGGAUUUUUAUGUUCCGGAGCUCCUAAAAAAAUUUUUUCUCAUUUUUCGUUUUUUUAAACAAAAAUAAUGGAAUUUAAAAAAAUUUUUUAGGCGCUCCGUAACAUAAAAAUCAUACUCUGUAUACUUUCUAAGGGAGAUUUUUGAAUUAUUUAUUUAUAGAUGUUUUUGCUUGUUUUUGUUAUGAACAAAAAAGAAAUAGAGAACCGUUUUUUAAAAUAAUAUUUAAAAAAAUAAAAUAAUAAAAAAGAU